GUGCGAUGUGACGUGUAACCAUUAUCUCUGGGCAAAUUAAUCACGGGAGAGAGAGCCAAUUUACUCAGAUAUCCUUGAGUAAAUGCGGUGAUAGCGAUUGAUUGUGAGAAAUUCUGUGUCAGUCUUUUCCGGCGGACUUUGCGACACUAGUGGCGUUCUUUGUUGUGACGGCGAACCUCUGGAAAAUCUUCAUUGUUGAGAAUGGAGAAUCCGCGCAAAGGAAUGCGUGCUCUUAUUCUUGUGGGUGGCUAUGGAACUCGCCUGCGACCCUUAACUCUCAGUCGGCCAAAGCCUCUCGUGGAGUUUGCCAACAAGCCCAUCCUAAUGCACCAGAUGGAGGCGCUCGUGGAUGCUGGAGUCACAGAGGUCAUCUUGGCUGUCUCGUAUCGAGCUGAACAAAUGGAGGCCGAGCUGAGAGAGGAGGCAGAGAAACUCGGCGUCCGGUUGGUAUUCUCUCACGAGACUGAACCCUUGGGCACGGCUGGACCACUCGCUCUCGCUAAGGACAUUCUCUCCGCGAGUCCGGAGCCAUUCUUCGUCCUCAAUUCAGAUGUUAUUUGUGACUUCCCAUUUAAACAACUGGAGUCCUUUCACCGAGCGCAUGGGAAGGAGGGCACAAUUGUGGUGACGAAGGUCGAGGAGCCCUCCAAGUACGGUGUUGUGUUGUACAACGAGGCCGGAUGCAUUGACAGCUUCAUUGAGAAGCCACAGGAGUUCAUCAGCAACAAAAUUAACGCAGGAAUGUACAUUCUCAACCCAUCAGUGCUCUCCAGGAUUGAGAUCAAGCCCACGUCAAUUGAGAAGGAAGUGUUUCCAGUGAUGUCGCAGGAGAAAGAGCUGUAUGCCAUGGAGUUGAGCGGAUUCUGGAUGGAUGUUGGACAGCCAAAGGACUUUCUCACAGGAAUGUGUCUCUACUUGACUUCUGUGAGACAGAGAAAACCCGAGUCUCUGUACUCGGGUCCAGGAACAGUGGGAAAUGUUCUCGUGGAUCCUACUGCAAAGAUAGGAGCCGGCUGUCGCAUAGGGCCCAACGUGACAAUCGGUCCUGACGUGGUGGUCGAGGACGGUGCAUGCAUAAAACGUUCGACAAUUCUAAAAGGAGCCAUCGUGAAAUCUCAUUCCUGGAUGGAGAGCUGUAUCGUCGGAUGGCGAUCGACUGUGGGUCGAUGGGUGAGACUAGAGGGUACCACAGUCCUUGGGGAGGAUGUGAUUGUCAAAGAUGAGUUGUACAUUAAUGGGGGACAAGUGUUGCCCCACAAGAGCAUCGCACAUAGUGUUCCAGAACCACAAAUUAUAAUGUAACAUCACCAGUCACGUAACAAACACUCUCCUUUUGCAAUUACACAAACAUUGCACGCUAAAGUGCGGCUUGAAAGAAUAAUUUUGCUAGAAAUCUUUGUACUUUCCCACUUUGCAAAAUAAAGAAAAUUUUUG